UUGCAGGAACUGGUAACGCACGACACAAAAAACAAUACGUACGACUACAAGCAUACAUUCUGUGUGGAGGUAGUACCAAUUUGUCGCGAUUGCGUGGUUUGCUUGCCCAAAAGAACUGCACAAUCGCUGGGUAAUAUGAAUCAACUGCUUGUUUGCGUGCGUGUCAACAACGUUGUCACUUUGAUCGAUCCUGCAACACUGCAAAUUGCUGACGUAAAUUCGACGCAGUAUUAUCGUGAUCCGUUUCACGCUGUUUUCCAAUCAAAGCAGUUGGUGGAGUUUUACGUUCUUGAUGUUGAGGAUGUGGGUAAUUUGAAGCGAGCAUCCGGGCAUGGCCGCAUAUCAACGAAGCAUCGUUUAGUCGAUGUAUGGGUGGUUCCUAGCGACCAGGUUGGCCACGAUGACCAGCAAAUUUGUACACGAUCGCAUCUUGGACACGUGCUAAAACCUGGAGAUCUUGUAUUGGGUUAUCACGUUCGCAAUAUCAAUGCAAAUAGUGCGCUGUUGGAUGAAAUGAAGCCCGAUGAAGUGCCGGAUGUGAUCUUAGUUCGGAAAAUUUACGAUCGAACAAUGCGACAGCGGCGUCGAAACUGGAAAUUGAAACGACUUGUUGAGAAUGGCAAUGUUGUCAACGACACUGCUUCUGUGGAAAAUGAAUUUGAGGUUGGUAACGAUCCAUCAUUUAGGGCUUUUUAA